AUGUCAUUUACGCCCCGUAGUCUAGCAACAAAUGUUAUAUCAAUGCGCUCUUCAGUGAGCUACAUUUUAUCUCACGCGCCUGGAGAAUCUGUAAUGUCGCAUCCAGACUACGGGCAACAUGCCCAGCACCACGCUUGCCUCUUGGUGCUGGUAAAAGGCAUAGGUGGUAUGUUGAAAAACUUCAACAAAUUAUGGGAGCGUAUCCAAAAAGUAAACAACAUAAAAGUUACUGAUUCAUCUGGACAAGUACGAGAUAUUUGGGUUAGAUAUGUUAGAGACUAUCCUGUUGAAAAUAAUGACUGGGGAGACUUCCAAACCCAUAGACGUCUUUUAGGGCUGAUAACACUAAGUAAAUUUACAAACCAAAUAGAAUUAAAUGAGGUUUGUAGAGUACAUGAAUCUCUGAAGGUGAAAUAUACCAACACUCUUUAUGACUCGAGAGCCUUCAUGUUUGGACCAAUCAGUAAAAAACCAGAACAAGAGCCAGAAACCUACAGCAUAUUUGAAGAUGAUAAAACAUCAAAGGAAAGCAGUAGUCUAGGAGAAAAAUUCUCUUUGCCUAGUGAUCAAGCAGACAGUCUGUCUUCAGCUGAAAGCUAUCCCCAUUCUUCAUCAUCAACCACAUCUUUACCUAUACAAGAAGAAAAUUAUACAACACCAUCAAAUUUUAAAACUCAUGCUAUGUUCUAUAGUGAAAAUGACCCAGUGACUGAUUUAGAACAGAAUGUAGCUGAUUUGAUUAAUUCUCUUUUUUGGGUUGUUGAAUCUAAAAGGUUGGAAAGAUCUAGAGAAAAAAUUGAGAAAGUCUCUCUACUCUUAGCACCAUUUGAAAAGAAAGACUUUGUAGGUCUUGAUAUGGAAUCACGAAAUAACAAAAAGCGAUGUAUGGGGCGUGUCACCAAAAACCUAGCAGAUUUAACUUUACAGUCGGGCUUGAUAGCAGAUAGUCUGAAUUUGUACCAUAAUGCUGCAGAAAUACUUAAAGCUGUCAAUGACUGGCUAUGGUUAGCUGCUGCUAAAGAAGGAUUAUGUGCUGCAUCAGCAAUUCUCUUAUAUCCUAAUUUGCGGAACCCCACUCCAUUACAAAGAAAUGCUAGCUUACAAGAAAGUUCACCCAACAAAACCAAACCUUUAUCAUUAUUCCAACCAAAUAUAGAUCCCUUUAAAAAAUACAAAUUGCCUUCUUCUCCACUUCGAUCUUCAAAAACCUCUAGUCCUGUUAAUCCUCCCAGUGAACUAACUCCCUCAUCAUCAGAAAGCUUGGAAACCUCUUCACGGCAAUCUGAAACUGAUAAUGCCGAUACAGAAUCCCUGGCAUCUUCAAGUGACAUAGAAUACCAGAGCCAGAAAUCGUUUUACAUGUCCGACCAUCCUUCAAUUCCAAGGCAACCAUCUCAAAUCAACAACCAAUAUCUAUUGAAUGGUGAAGAGAUUGCUGAGAAAUAUCGAAAAGCUAUUAUCCAUUACAGCAAAUAUCAAAAUGCUGGUAUUAUAGAGACUGAAGCUUGUUUCAAGGCAGCUAGAAUUGCUGUGGAACAAAACAACAGUCUCCAUGCAUCAAGCUUCUUACAAAAUGUAAUAUUUAUCAAUCUGACUUUAAGUGAACAGGAAAAAAUUCAAAGAUUCGAUACACUGGCUGAACUUUAUAAAGAAAUAGGAUUCCUAAGAAAAGCAGCGUUUUGUCAGCGUUUGGCAGCCACGCGUCAAGUGAGCCCUAAUAACCCGAACCCAGACUGGCAGCGGUGCUACUAUCUCAUGCUACACAGUUUCCCUGGCCACAGACUCAGUCUCGACCCUAACUAUGUUAUACAGCAUCAAGUUGGUUGGCCAGCCCUUCAAAUCCAAUUAUUGCAAGAGCUAGUAGUAGCCGCUCGAAGAAUGGGGCACCCGGCCCUCGCCACUAGGCACAUGACCUUCCUGCUGCAGACCAUGUGGCCGCAUCUGUCGCGCCAGGAGCACAGGGACUUGGCCAUACAGUUGCAAGCGUUAUCGGCGCAGUGCGAAGGCGGACCCGUGCCCCUAGUGCUGGAGACGGGUGAAGUGAUCCCUCCCGCUAACCUCACGCACGUGCCGCGUUGUUCUGCGUUCCUACCGCGCCCGCCGCCGUCGCCCCGCGCCCCUCAUAUGCUCAAGUGCAAGCCCCAGCAGGGCCCGUUUAUAUUCACGCCAAUACACUUCGGCAGUCUCGAGCGGAAAGCCAGGAAGGAUGAGGGAAAAAUGGAGUACCUUUGGGUGGAAGACGAUAUUUGCGAAGUCCAAAUGAAACUCACCAAUCCACUACCAUUCGAGCUCAAAGUUUCCAAUAUGAGACUGCUCACGUCCGGCGUGGUGUUCGAGUCGAUACCGGAAACUAUAAUAUUGCCGCCCGACUCUCCCACCACAGUGAACCUUCACGGGACACCGAAAGAAGUGGGUGAAUUGCAAGUACUGGGAUAUUCCACUCACACUCUAGGUGUAAAGUCAAAUUGCAGACUAAAGAACAUGCCAACUCCAAAUAAAUUUCUACCCUCAUACACGAUUGAAGUUAUUCCCAGCCUACCUACAAUUACUAUAGAAACUUCAGUGGCGCCCUCUGGCAGUGUUAGCUUGUCGAGCUUAGAGAAUGUUGGCAGUACCACAAACAUUACUCUCUACAAUGGGGAAAGCACAGAGUGCACCAUGAGGAUUACUAACACAAGUAACGUCCCAAUAGAAUAUUUGGAUAUAGCUAUUCAAUCAAACAUGGACAGUCAGUUGCAAUCUAAAGUUUUCCAACUGUCCAAUGAGGAUAUCCAGGCUCAAUUGCCAAUCCCUCCCAACGAAUCAGCUACAGUGACGAUGAAGUUGUAUGGAGAAGCAGAUUUCCUAGAUCUAGGCGGGGUGGGCGGCGAGAACUUAUUCCCUAACAGCUUGACGUCAAACUACCCUUCGAGAGUGGGAUCUCCAGUGCCAAACGUUCAGUCCUCAUUGCCAACGCAAAGCUCGAACGCUCAAACUUCGCUCAGCAGUGGUCUGAUACCUAACAGGACUUCAGGGAGCUUUAGAUCCAGUAACUCGCAUACAACUAGCUGGUCUGCUCCGAUAUCUGUCAUGCCGCCAUCCAGAGGGAGACAAGUAGAAGCGCAAGUUAUCAUACGAUAUUCUGGUGGAUCGGGCAAGGAGGUGCAUUGUAGACAGUCAACCCUACAAAUUAACCUUGAAUUGUUACCUAGUAUGUCCAUCACACAUUGGGAUGUCUUACCAGCAGAAAUUCCUUCUCAGCUAUAUCUAGUUCUGGACGUAACAAACCUCACAUCAGAGGAGAUGGACUUCCACUAUACGCCGUCGAAGCACAUCCUGAUAGAAAGCAAGGAGUCCUGCCGCGUCCCAGUGCCACUAGACAGAUGUCCCUUCAAUCUCACCAGCAGAACUAAUGAAGAAAGUAAUUCGGAAGAUAUGCUAGAAUGCAAAUCUACGGUAACCGGAUCUUCCGUAACAAGCGUGGAGGAGUUAUGUUCAGCACACGUUACGGAGCAUGUGUCGCUCAGCUGGCAAUUGCUGCACUCUGAAACGAGAGGGAAAGCCUCUGUUAAAGGCAUCACACUCUCACAAGCCAUGAUCGAUAUCGUCCGAAUGUCGCCUCUGAACUGGGAGGUGAGUGUAAACAAGCAGUGCAUAAAGCCACAAGAGGAGUUGAAUUGCACUGCGGGCGAAUGCCUUUCACUAGGCGUGGGAGUGUGGAACCAUCUGAGGCGACCGCUUAGACAAUUGUGUCUCUCCGUACAAUUCUACCAGGAUUAUAACAACGGCGUUCAUACAUACAAGCUGGAUAACAGACUCGCCACCGCUGGAAAUAACAAGAUCGUUCUGGCUUCAUUACCAGAGUCUUCAAAAGCAUAUCACGAGUGCACAGUAGUGUUUCUAACUCCUGGGGAAUAUAAAAUUGACAUACAAUGUUCGACGACAGAACCAGUGCUAGAAGAUAUCCCUGUGAUAGGGGACACAGAUCACCCAUCUAUAAUACAACCAUGUCCGGGUGAAGUCAGCCACGUGUGGAGGUUCAUACCGCCAGUCGCUAUAAGUGUCACAGAUUGA